UUGGUUUCAAAAUGGCCGACAAUUUUGCAUUUUUGUGAAAAUGAUAACAAAACUUUAAUAAUCUGAACAAAUAUUACCGUGUAACCUUAAUUUUUAGACCUGAGGCCAAGAUGUCGAUGAAAGCUAGAACUAGAGGACAUUUAAAAAGUGCCUGGACGCCAAUGAGUGAUGGCGCAACAAACAACAAGUUAUAUGAAGAAAGAAGUGGUUUAGUGAAUAAAUGGGGCAUGUGGAAGAAGAAUUAUGUAGAACAUAUCAAAAGCUUACAAGUUUUAAGGCCAAUGACACCUGGAAUGAGACACAAACUUAAUAUGAGUCCGAAAAGUAUGAGAAAGGGAGGGAAGGAUUACGAACUAGACAAACACAAGAUUAAAGUACCAUGGAAAGGCUCUGAUCCUGUACCUCAAGAUACAUGGAGAUAUAAUGUACUGGAUAACAAUGAUGUCGUGGAGGAAGUCAACAAACAACGACAGAAGAAAGUGUGUGGUGAUGAAGCCCUACGAGUCGCUCAAACUGCCAAAAGUAAAGUGAAUACUGGAAAUAUUCUACGCUCUUCUUCAAUGACUCGUAUGAAUACAAUAGGUCCCAACAGUAGAAAAGUUUGGGCGGAACUGAAGAAGAAAAAUAAAACAGUUUGUAUAGAUGUUCCCCGACCAGGACCUGUCAGUCCUCCUCCUAAAACACAUCGCUCAACUAGAAAAUCACCCACAAGAUCUGCUCGAGACCCUCCGUCCAGUAAUUUAUUCUCCAAGAAACCAUGGAAUGUCCCUGAUUAUGAUUCCGAUAACUGA